CCCCGCACACAAGAGAGUGCGAUCCCGGACCCCGAAAGCUGCUGGUGGGAUGAGGUCGUUGUGCGCUGUGACCGGGCUGGGGCUGCUGGCGCUGGCCGCAGGUGUAGUUCUGAGGCAACCACAAAAGCCCAAAGAGCUGUGGGGAUAUGUGCAAGUUCGAAGCAAGGCCCACAUGUUCUGGUGGCUCUACUAUGCAAACAACCCAACCAAAGACUUCACAGAGCUACCUCUCAUCCUGUGGCUUCAGGGAGGUCCAGGAGCUUCAGGCAGUGGAUUUGGGAACUUUGAAGAGAUUGGUCCAUUAGACAAAGAAUUGAAACCAAGAAACACAACCUGGCUGCAGGCAGCCAGUAUCUUGUUUGUGGAUAAUCCUGUGGGUGCUGGAUUCAGUUAUGUGGAUGACUGCAGCUUGUUUGCCAAAAACCUGUCCACAGUAGUGUCUGAUAUGAUGGUUUUUCUUGGGGAGUUCUUCACAAGCAGAACAGAAUUCCAGACCAUCCCAUUCUAUAUAUUUUCUGAAUCUUAUGGAGGCAAAAUGGCUGCUGGCAUUGCUUUAGCUCUGCACGAGGCUGUGCAAAAAGGGACAAUAAGGUGCAAUUUUAUGGGGACUGCUCUUGGAGAUUCAUGGAUUUCUCCUUUGGACUCUGUGCUGUCUUGGGGGCCCUACCUUUAUAGCACUUCUCUCCUUGAUGACAAUGGGCUAGCAGAGGUGACUGCUGUUGCCAAAGAAAUAAUGGCUGCCAUAAAUAAAAACCAAUAUGGGCUGGCCACUGAGCUCUGGGGCAAGGCUGAGAGUGUCAUUGAAGAGAACACAGACAAUGUCAACUUCUAUAACAUCAUGACUAAGGAUGUUCCAGAAAUGAAAGCAAGUGAACAAGAAAAUCUGCAUCUCAUGAGGCUUUACCGGCGCCAUGUCAAAACCAUGGGCAAGGACAGCCUGAAGGAUCUGAUGAAUGGCCCCAUCAGGAAGAAGCUGCAAAUCAUCCCUGACUGUGUACAGUGGGGAGGUCAGUCCAGGCAAGUCUUUGAGAACAUGGCUGAGGACUUCAUGAAACCUGUCAUUGAUAUUGUGGAUCAGCUUUUGGCAGCCAAGGUCAAUGUUACAGUCUACAAUGGGCAGCUGGAUCUCAUUGUCGACACCAUGGGCCAGGAGGCAUGGAUUCGGAAGCUGAAGUGGCCUUGUUUGGCCCAGUUCAGCCAGCAGAGGUGGAAGCCACUCUAUGUGUCUCCAGAAUCCACUGAGACAGCUGCUUUCCACAAGGCCUAUGAGAACUUGGCUUUCUUCUGGAUUCUGAAGGCUGGGCACAUGGUACCAUCUGAUCAAGGAGAGAUGGCACUGAAGAUGCUCAGGAUGGUGACCCAACAGCAGCACUAGGGAAGGGGAGGCGAGCUGCUCUGGCUUCUGCUGGCAGUGCUCCUGCAGAAGGAGAGUCCAGAACAACAAGCUGCAGGAGUGACAGUGGUGCUUGGACACAGCCUCUCUGGGUUUGCUGAUAAUGUGCACAGGCCCUUUUGGA